UACCCUCUCCAUUAAACCCCCUCCUCUCUCACUGACUCCUUGUAGAUGCUGGUUUUAAGCUUACCCAUUUCCCCGUUUUGACAGAUUUUGCUUCCACCAUCUCCUUCUUCGUUCUGGGGCUGUUUCUGUUCUCUGUUCACCGGAAUCAAUGGCGUUUUCCGACGAGAACAAUCCCAACUUGAUGAUCAAACCCACUGGGUUUCUUCCAGGAGGAGGGUUGGAGAACAGAGGGAGGGCUUUUGGGCAGGAGAUUAGUAGAACUAAUAAUCGAAGAGCUCUUAAUGAUAUCAAUCAGAAUUAUCAAGCUUACCCUUGUGUUGUUAACAAGAGAGCUCUCUCAGGGAAGCAAGAAAUCUAUGAGAAAAAGCAGGUUGAUCCAUUUCAUAGACCGAUUACGAGGAAGUUUGCAGCUCAGAUUGCUAGUAGUCAACAGCUUCAUCAGCCACAAGGAACUAAUAAGCCUAACUCAUUUCUUUCAAACUCAAAUGCGUUUGGACAUUCCAUAUUUGUAGACGAGGAUUGCAAAACACUAGAAAAUGAUCAUCCAGUUCCCAUGUUCUUGGAGAAACCAGAACCAUCAUCAUUGUCUCAGGAAGCAACCCAAAUGGCGGAGGUUGAAAUGGAGGAUAUCACAGAUGAACAUGACGACCCGGUAAUUGAUAUCGAUGGUGUCGAUUCCACAAACCCGCUUGCCGUUGUCGAUUAUGUCGAUGAUCUCUAUGCACACUACAGAAAACUAGAGAAUUCGAGCUGUGUUUCCCCGAAUUACAUGACGAAACAAUUCGACAUUAAUGAGAAAAUGAGAGCUAUACUGAUCGACUGGCUUAUAGAGGUGCACGACAAGUUUGAUCUCAUCGGAGAAACAUUGUUUCUCACUGUGAAUCUGAUAGACAGAUUCUUGUCGCAAAAAACAGUUGUGAGGAAGAAACUUCAGCUGGUUGGUUUGGUUUCUAUGCUCUUAGCUUGCAAAUAUGAAGAAGUUUCUGUCCCUGUUGUCGGAGAUUUGAUUCUUAUUUCUGAUAAAGCUUACUCUAGAAAAGAAGUUCUUGAAAUGGAGACAGUGAUGCUCAACUGUCUGCAGUUCAAUAUGUCGGUUCCGACACCCUUUGUGUUCCUCCGAAGGUUCCUUAAAGCAGCUCAAUCUAACAAAAAGCUUGAGCUAUUGGCGUUCUUCUUGAUCGAGCUCUCGCUCGUGGAGUAUGAAAUGCUGCGAUUCCCGCCCUCUCUGCUGGCGGCGGCAGCGACUUACACAGCUCAAUGUACUCUCACCGGAGUCAAGGGGUGGAGCCGGACAUGCCAGUGGCAUUCUAGCUACUCGGAAGAUCAGCUACUAGAAUGCUCGAGACUGAUGGUGGGGUUCCAUCAGAGAGCGGCGACAGGGAAGCUCACCGGGGUUCAUCGGAAGUACUGUACAUCGAAAUUUAACUACACGGCGAAAUGUGAACCUGCACAUUUUCUUUUGCAGACUCUGCAAUAGCCACAGAACAGAACAUGUAUAGCUUUUUACUAACAACGUUACAUGAAUGUUCGAAAAUUGGGCGACGGGGUGGGGACAAUUGGUCGGCCGGAGGCGACUGCCAUGGCAGGACAGGGCAACAACAACAAUAAUGGAAGAACAACCAGAUGGUUGUUGUGUUUUCUUUUGUUGUCUGUUUCAUUUUUAAGGUUGUUACAUGAAAUAUGAGAUAGCAAACAUAUAAUUCAGUGACAAACAAUAAUAUUUGACAUUUUGGCCAAAUUUUCUAACUUCAA